AUGGAUCGCCGAGCCAGCCGGCCGGGCUCCCCGCCUGAGAGGAAUGCUUUUGGCCGAGAACUGCUGGAUCCUGUCUCUCUGAGCAGCCUUGCCCCCCCCCCCCCGCAGCCCCAGAGGACCUACCAAGCAGCGCUUUGCACUGAGCUGAAAAAGCCUCUGGUUGUCAGGGGGAUCCCGUCUUCUUCACUGCAACCACAUGAGAUGAGAGUGCUAAUGGCGUUUUCUGGGGAUGUGAUGGAGACUGGUGAGACUGUCAACAGCCUAAAGGAGGGGGAUCAUGUAAUUGGUGUGGCCAAUACCAAAGCUCUGGCAGAGGAGUACAUUGCAGAUCAAAAGAGAAUGACAGCAGCCCCUGGUGCCACUGGACUUCCCACUGUGGAUGUCACAACCAAUGUUCUUAAGGCAAAGGUAGGCCCCUUGAUAGCAGCAGCAGGUAGUGACAGCAAAUACGAUCUGGCUCUCCAGAAAGGGGCUCUCCAAAGUGUGAAUUACAGCAGCGGCAGCCUGAGAGAAGAAGUGAAGAAGCUGACUGAGAACAUUGGGGCUGAUGUGCUCAUUGACACUGUCGGUGGGGACAUCUUCAAGAAGGCAUUGCACAGGUUACGAAGUCUGAGAAGGCUCCGCGGGUUGCUGGUCUCCUGCUGCCGUUUGCCCAAGAUACAUCCCCUGGUCGGUGAGGAGGAGGUGGAUGAAUGGAAGGAAGAAGUAAAAGUAAUGAAAGAUGGGAAGGAGGAGGUGUUGAAGAUCAGAGAAAUUUUUGUAAGACCAUUCGACCAGGGGAUGGAGUCCACUGAUACCAACGUGGAGGGCAGCGGCAGCAGUGAGACCAGCAGCUAG